AUGUAUUUAAAAAUUAAAUAUUACUUAUACUUUAAAAUCGUAUUAGCUUUAAUACUAUGUUUGUCAAUUUCUGGACAUACAGCAAAUAUAAAGGUGCUUGAUUUAUAUGAAGGUGACGUAUGUCAGGUAAGUGAGGACAAUUCUAGAAAUCAUGUCUGCAAACAACCAGAAAAUUGUACGUCGUUAGAACAGCAACUUCGAGAUCAAGAUUUUCCACAUGUAUGCUCGUUUAUUAAAAACAAGCCAAUAGUCUGCUGUUCACCCACAGUAACAAUCAACGCAACUAAUUUCGAACCUGUAUUAAAACCCCCAAUUUCUACAUCGUCAUACUCUGCCACUGAAAUGUGUAGCAAGUACAAGGAUCUGGUGUACGAAAAAAACGUGCAACAAUCCUCGUCCGGCGGGAGACAACCGAAGAAAACUCUCAAAUGUUUCAACGUGAUGACGUUGAUCGUCGGGGGCAUGAAGGCCAGACCGAUGGAAUUUCCGCACAUGGCACUAUUAGGUUACGGGAACAUCGAAGAUGUGGAGAAGGCGUGGGGCUGCGGAGGUUCGCUGAUAAGCAACAGGUGGAUCCUGAGUGCGGCUCACUGCACCAUAAAUCCUGGACGUACCGUGAGCUGGGCACGCCUUGGCGUUUUGAACAUCUAUUCGCUGAAAUCUGACGACCCCAGCCCAGCCGACUACAAAGUCGUGGAGCGCGUGGUGCACCCCAAAUACAAUUCGACGUACGUCUACAAUGACAUAGCUCUAUUCCGUUUAGAGGUGGAAGUUAAGUUUUCGGAGCACUUGCGACCCGUAUGCCUAAACACGGUCCAAAACUUAAGCUUCAGCUUAACCACGGCCACCGGCUGGGGUCGGACCUCGACCAAUGGUCUGAUUAGUCCCGACUUGUUAAAGGUAGACCUGUCUCUGAUAUCAAAUGAAAAUUGUAAGUAUAGUUAUCCUCAGAGUGCCAAUCCGAGAAUUAACUUCGGGAUACUGGAAGACAGCAUGAUAUGCGCGGGCGACCACGUGAACGGAAACGACACGUGUACGGGCGAUUCUGGAGGCCCGCUGCAAAUAAAGCACCCCGAAUACAUAUGUAUGUACAGUCAAAUCGGUAUAACGUCGUUCGGGAAAUAUUGCGGCAAUAGGUACACGCCCGGCGUCUUCACCAGAGUGUCCGAAUACGUUCCAUGGAUCGAACAGAUCGUUUGGCCGAAGAGUUGA